AUGCAGAUUGCUUGUAACGCCACUCAUAAUCCACACCUCAAGCAACAUCUGUUCUUCACUUCAGAAGAAAUGGCUUUAGAACCAAAGCCAAUGGUGCCAGCUGCCAGAGGAACUGUGGUGGACCAAGAUAUGGUGGAUUGGUUUGCACAGUUAUUUGAUUCAGCAUCGAUGAAACCGAUUUUUCCGUCUUCAGGAGCACUUCCAGAGGAUGUCCCUGCAGGUAUAGAACCACGUAGUUAUAGCCUCCGAGAUAUUGACCAGAAGGGCCUUUACCUACAGGACAAGAACCUGGUAGCAGCCCCCCUGCAAGGCGACAACUCUGCUCAAGAAGCGAUUCUCAGUGUGCUUCCCAAUAGGUCCCUGGAUCGUCAAAGGAGCCCUCUGAUCCUGGGGGUCAAAGGGGGCAGCCAGGGCAUCUCAUGUGGCAAAGAGAAUGAGCCCAAAUUGCAACUGGAGGAUGCAAACCUCAUUCAUCUUUUUACAAAUGAUGAGGAGGCAAAACGGUUCACCUUCUUCAAGAAUUAUAAUGGCAGCACCCAUCAGUUUGAAUCAGUCACCCACCCUGGGUGGUACCUGUGCUCCCCAGUGGAGGCCCACAGCCCCCUCACGCUCACCAACCGCCCUGGAGAAGCCACCAUCACUGACUUUUAUUUCCAGCUUAAAUAG